CUUGUCUCUGCCAUGCCAGUGUGUCUCAGUGCCUGUUCUCUCGCUCCUCGGCUUAGUAUAUCUCUUUUCAUCCUCGGGCUUGACUUCCUUUUCCCACCGCAAACCUCACUUUCAACUCCCGCCCUUCAGCCUCGCUGGCAUUGUCACAGUUGUGGAUGGGUCAUGCGUGCGAGAACAGGAUGCCAGCCGUGUCGUGAUCGCCAUGUGAAAUGUGUCAGGCUGCCAGGCCUCCAGAAGUGCCAGAAGUGCAUCGAAGCUCAGCGGGACUGCCUGCUCAACGCGCCCUUGCAUUUUCGGCCGGUCAAGUCGGUUCGCCUCAAAACCGUUGAUGGAAGAAGAAUCAAACAUGAUUUGAGGCACAGUUCCCUGCAGGUCUGGGUUGAUGUUCCAGCAGAAGUACGCUUCGUGUCCUCCAACGACAAGGGCGAGAGCCUAGAUAGACCUGACCUUGACAUCGAGGAGGAGACCGACGGUGAAAUCACCAAGGAGAGCGAAUCUUUGCUAGUCGAGAGCCCUUCAGCACGAACUGUUACGUCGAAUACCCAAGCAGACCUUCUACGAGAACGAAAUCCAACCUCAGCAUUAGCAUCAGCUGCCCACCCGUGGGCAUCACCACCACCACAGCCAGCGUUUCAUCAAAGCCCGGUCCAGCACUACAGUCUCCAGCACACCAGCCCGGAGUCUCAGUUUUCAGCGCCGGCGCAUCCUUCUGUCGGGAUAUCGUCCACCCAUUCUGCUACCUGGUUUCCAGGCCGUCAGCCUUCUCCUGCGCUUUUUAGCGUACCAUCCAAUGCAGCCUCUCCGAAUUAUGGGAUAUCGUCGUCAUGGCUGUUCAAAAGUCUUCACGAAGCACGUCUGCUGCAUCACUAUAUUGUCCAUCUCUCACCACAGUUCGACUCCUGUGACAAGCAGAGCCACUUCGGCAACGAGAUUCCCAGACGAGCAGCCCAUUACCCCGUCAUCCGAAGUGCCAUUUUCGCAGUUUCGUCCCGUCACAUGAGUCUGAUAGCGGGUGCGGAAGACGACGAAUCGCCGCACUACGUGAGCGAGUGUCUACGCAUUCUGAUCACAGCCUUGGAAGAUCCGAUGGGUCACUUUGACGAGAACCUCCUUGCUGCCAUUAUUCUGCUCCGGACACAUGAAGAACUGUCGGACAACGAUGAAAGAUGCCAUCUGUUUGGCACGACCCGACUACUGAACUCAAUUGCCUCGUUUGCUGCCGAUGGUGGCCUCCGCGAGUCGGCAAGUUGGGUAUCACUGCGACAGCACAUAUACAUUUGCCUGACUUCGCAGCACCCGCUGACCAUCAACCUCACCAACUACCGGCACUCGAACGUCUUCCAAAACUCGGACGAUGAGUCCUGGGCGAAUCGCAUCAUCUUCAUAUUUGCCAGUAUCCUGACGCAUGUCUUUCGGCCAGAAGGCGAACAACAGCUGUCUGUUGACCAGUGGAACGAGCUAGACGCGGAUGUGAGGUCAUGGGAUCUAUCCAAGCCGUGGCACUUUGCACCCUUGUUUAUGGAGCGUCCAGACACACACACGACAGCCUCAGAUGGUCCGCGGCGCAGCGUCUGGCCCGAGGUCUUUGUGUGUAAUCCUGCCCAAGUCGUGGGAUUGCAGCACUAUUACUUGGCCAAGAUUGUCCUGGCUAUCUACGAUCCCCGGCUUUCCAGGCUGAGCUUUGACUCUCUUCGGCUCAGGAGAGCUUCCGAGUCGGUGGUACGUGAGAACCUUCGACUGGUGCUUGGCCUGGCAGUGAGCAACGACCACGUCGCCACGGCUAUGUUUCAAGCGUCGCAUAUUCUGUCGGCUUGCGGCAUGUAUUUGGACGACCCUGAAGAGCAGGAGGCGGCAGUCGAGUUCCUCGUUCGGAUGCAUACACGCCUAGGCUGGCAAACAGCACAUGUCCUGCGCGAUCUCAAGGAACAGUGGCAAUCUUGAAGCAGCUGCAGGCUGCUUGUUUGCCUAACAGAACAGAACAGCGUAUAUGGUCUUUCCGGUCUAACAUUCAUGUUUUUCUCAGCAUGCUAACUAACGGUGGUCUAUCAUUCAUGACAAGGUCAACCUAACCCCACACAUCUUCACGCCACUUGCCCCUGCGUUUGAGCCCUUCAGUCCAACUCUUGACUUGAGAGUCGUCCCAGCCUCUAGCCUCCUUAAUGGCCUCGGCGACACUGGCGCCGACCUCGCGAGCCAUUGCGGCACGACCGCAGAUAUAGAAGUUGGCGCCCUUGUCCUCGAUCAAGUCGACUACUUGUCUGCCGUACUCGCGCACCCGCUGUUGCACAUAGACCUUGGGUUCGCCGGGCAAUCGAGAAAACGCGGUGACCACUUUGAGCAAGGGGGAGGAAUCGGAAUCCUGAUCGGAUCCGGCCACAGCCACCCGCAUCAGCUCGUCACGGUAGAUGAAAUCCUCGUCGGGAUGGCGGCACCCGAAGAACAGCAGCAUCUCGCCGACGGGCUUACCGAUGGAGUGCAGUUUGGCGCGCUCGGCCACGAACGCUCGAAAGGGCGCCAACCCAGUUCCCGCUGCUACCAUGAUGAUCGGACAGCUGCUUUGGAGCGGGAGCUUGAAUUUGCUCUUGCGCACGUGUGCAAAUAGCUUGGUGCCCUGUAGCAGGUUUGACGGGCCCGCCACGUCGUACGUGGUAGCGUCAAUCUCUGGAGGAGCAAUAUCCUUUGCUUCUGCCGAAGCAGAAUCAUGAGCGUGCGAAGACUGUGACUUUGAAAGCGCAAGCAGAUAAUUUGAUGCCACACCAUUGAUUUUCUGCUGCGGAUUGGCGGGGAGAGCAUCGGCCGCCACGAGUGCCGUGAUGGCGGCUCGCCGUGGACUGAGGACGCUGCUGGACGAAAUCGAGUAAUAGCGCGGCUGGAUUGGCGGCAACGCCUCGACGACAAACGACAGCGGCAGAGCCGUCCAUGGCUCAUUGGGGCUCGCCAGCCUCAGCAGCCGGCCGAGCGUGAGGUGCGUUGUGGCCAGGUACGACGCAUACACGUCCUUAUCUUGCGCGAGCUUGAGUAGGUAGGACUUGGCCUCGGCGGUCGGAGCGAAGGCCAACAGGCCUUGGAUCGUGCUGCGAGAGACGGGUGCAGACACCUCGAGGUAGUGUGUGAACAGGGCGCGAACCGUGGUCGGCGACGGAAGCUGGAGUUUGGCGCCCUCCCCUUCGACCGAUUUCAGCAAAACGGGCACGUCUUGCCGUUCAUGCAGCUGGAGCGCGGUCAACAGCUCGUCGACUUCGUGGUUGGGAUUGAUCGGCCACACGCCGAGAUGGUCACCGGUCUUGUAAUGGAUGUCCGGGUACUCGGCCAGAUCUAGCUCCAUGUGGACGCAGUUUCUGUCGGUCCCGGACAAUGAAGGAGCAAACAAUUCCCGCGCAUUCUUGAUGGACAAGGCGCGGAUCGGCGAACAAUUGUUGCUGUUGUUGAUCACUCCAACAGGUUCGCCAUGAUGCAGGUCGAUCGAUGUCAAGGAUUCGUCUUCCACAAUGGUAAUGGCCGGCUGGUACUCGACGACCCGCUCCUCAAGACCGAGAUACGUUCUGAACAUGGCGUACAGCGCGUCUUUCCACGCCAAAAAAUCUUCUUCGGUUGAGCGCUGGGCAUCAUCGGCCUUGCCUACGGGGAGAAGUAGGGUCGCGCCAUUCUCGGUCAAUGUCUGUGCCACCACGUCGACGACUCGAUUGAAGUAUUUGUAGUUGCUGUUUCCCAGGCCGAAUGCGGCGUAUUGGAGGUUCGACAGGAGUGGUGCCGCCGCUGGGUGGGUUGUAGCUCUAUUGUUGCUGUUGUUCAAGUUGUUGUUGAUCCAGUCCCAGAACCCAGUGGCAUUGUCGCUCGGAUCGCCCUCGCCGUAAGUGGACAGAAUGAAGAUGGCCAACUGCGUUGGUGCCAAUUCAGCGAUCGACUCUGCGUCGUAGUCGGACAGGUCAGCCGCCAGACAGCCCAGCCCGAACCGCGAUUGACAUUCCUUGGCCAGUUGGGUUGCGAAGCGCUCGGCCGUGCCUGAUUGAGAGCCCCAGAAGAUGACUGCCCGUUUGUCGGUUUCGUUCAGCUUCUUUGCAAUGCUGCGUUGAGCUUUUGUCUGGUUUGACUUUGCUGAGUUUUGAUCCUUCCCGUCCGAUUGGGGUCGCUCAAAGUAGACGUGGUAAUAGGGGUCAGGGACGUCCCAGAGAAGACCGCGAGUCAGAUAGACGACCAAUAAACCGGCGAAGACGACAAGAGCAACGUAGUCUGUC